AUGCCACCGCCGCCGGUUCCCUCAAUGCCUCCGCCGCCGCCGCCAUCCUUAUCGAGUGAGGGUGCCGCGGCUACAGCUGCCAAAUCACCAGUUAAGGAGUUGUCGUAUACUGAGAAGCGUGAUCUGUGGGUCGAGCGCAUCAAGUUGCUCACGGAUGCCACAAUCGCUCGUGCUGAACACAUGCAACUGGCUCAGGAGGUGGAGAAAUACCAGCGCCUGGUUCGUUCUGCGCGGUACAAUGGCAUAUCCGAAGAAGAUCAAGCGCGUCUGAACGACCACUUGUCGGAGGUGACUGGGCGCCUUGACGCUAAGAAGAACGACUUGAACAAAGUCUUGCCGCGUCUGAUCGACGCCGACUUCUGGGGUACGACGGUGAAUUCGCCGCCGGGCAUGGAUGAAUUCCGCAAGGAGGUACAUAACAUUAUUGCGGACCUCAGCAAGAACAUGCAGAAACUCCACGAGAAGUACGAAGAAUUACGCACAAAGGCGACUGUCGCACCGGAAUCACAUAUGGAGAUAGAUCCUCCUGGGUGGCAAACACAGGAAGGGCCGCCCACAAAGCGUCGACGCUUAUCUUCCGGUGAAGCGACGAUUGCGGUCAGCGAGGACGUUCGCAAGCCAAAUGGCGUUCCCGCCGGCGGGGCAGGGGAAUUACACAAUCGCGUAUUGGACAUGGAAGGUCGUGUAUCGGACCUGGAGAAUGAGAUUAUCGAGCGCGAUCACAAUUUGCUUGAAGAGGUCGUAAGCCUGGUCCAAUCUCGAAUGGAGGAAACGCAGAGCAAGCCCAAGGUGGAAAUCCGCUCGAAGAGUCCCGCUCUGGCGGCCCCAAUUCUAGGCCCUCAUCCGGACCUCACACGCGUAGAGACUGAACUGGCAACAACUGGCAAUCAGGUAGAAGAGUUGGCUGGUGAAGUGGCAACCCUGAUUACACAGAUGGAUGCAAGAGAUCAGGAGCAUACUCGCCUGGCGAAGGAGAAUCAGCUCCUUCGCGAUCGUAUCGCUGCACUUGAACAGCAACAUUCGACAAGCGGAACGGUAAUUGAAGCCACCAAGGCUGAGAUACAGGCUCUCAGUGCUGCCGUUCAGAGUUAUAUAACUCAGGCCCCAGUACUAACACCACCACCACCACCACCUGCGCCCCUGCAGCAAGUCCCCUCCUUGGAAGAAAUCCUCAGCAGAAUCCACCCGUCGCUCAUUCAGUCGCUCCACGAUGAUAUGGAGCCGCUCCUUCUGAACACCCAUCAGACUAUUCAGACAAUGUUGCAAGAACAGCUCAAUCAUGUAUACACGACACUGUUGUCCAAAAUGACACCUACCAUGAAGACGGUCGAUGUUGUCGCGGCAUGGAUGGAGCGUGUACGACGAGGAGAGACUUUUGUGGACAAUCCUGUACAAUCCCAUAACGCACAAUGA